UUAAUGACUAGGAAAUGUAGUUUAAUGUGAUGUUAUCACGGACUGCGCUUUCCACAUGGAGUUGCUUAGAAAUAGCUCGUCAUGCUCUGCUUACUAUGAGCUAAUGUUGCACUCCUUGUUGACAUACAAACCUGGCAACGCAGGAAGUCGCAGCGCUUCUCUACUCCGACACCAAAAUAAUGCUUCGACCUAUUUUUAUUGUUUUACAGCUUUAACAUUUAUCAUAUAUAAGAUUUACAUUUUGUUCAGUGAAAAUAUGACAUUUUACUCAGUUUUAUAAAAUGUUCACCUCUAUAGGGCCUGAGAAUAGAGUGUGUUUUGUUUGGAACGCAGCCAAAUGAAUGAAGGAAUGAAUAAAUAAAUAAAUAGAUACGUAGAUACAUACAUACAUACAUACAUACAUACAUACAUACAUACAUACAUACAUACAUACAUACAUACAUACAUACAUACAUACAUACCUAUUACGGCCACUGAGGGGCGGCAUAAAGCUAAUAUCGUAUCAUGUAUGUAUAUAUACAUGAUAGUUUUUCUCUAAUCGUUAUGGGUUCAACUAUUGUGUAAAAUAUAAUAGAGAGCCAAAACAACUCCAAUGUUAUUUAAAAAAAAUCUGAAAAAUAAAUCAAACCCUUCGUCGUACUGGCUCUUUCGUUAUUCUUGAAAUUUCUCGCGACAUCAGACGCAGGAGACUUGCGGCCCAUUGCGACACUCGGAAACAGCGUCAGAGUGGGAGCUCUGUCUCCACGCAUCUGACGGUGACGUCUCCCUUCCCAACCGGCCGCUGUGUUGGUAUCCGAUAGCUAGCCGCUAGCUAGCCGCUAGCUUACCCACGGUGCUGCCUCUUCCGCCUGUUCUGAGCGGAUCCGUGAAUGAACCAGACAGUCCGAUGCUACUGCCGUGGCCGCGAUGGCAGCGACAGAAACGACGGCGGCAGCUAGCCCCCUCUCUCGCCACCUCAGGAGGAUGCUGAAGCUCUUCGGUGCUCUGGUAAUCCUCGGACUGGCCCUGGCGUGCAUCACCUCCUGGGUGCUGGAAGGCUAUGACACGGCUUGGCACCCAAAGCGGAGCCUUCAGCGCGGGGCUGUCGGAGAAGGGGAUGAACCGAAGAGCGCUUCUCCGCCGUUCCCCGGCGGGGAACUGAACAACAUAUUCUGGUUUAUACAGGUGUCCGACAUUCACAUCAGCCGGUUUCACGACCCGCGGCGCUCGCCGGACUUUGAGCGAUUCUGCACCGACACCAUCGACGUGAUCAAGCCGGCCCUGGUGCUGGCAACAGGGGACCUGACGGACGCCAAAACGGAGAGCAAAGUGGGCUCGCUCCAGCACGAGGUGGAGUGGCAGGCGUACCACAACAUCCUGAAGAAGUCGCGCGUGAUGGAGCGCACGCGCUGGAUAGACAUCCGUGGAAAUCACGAUGCCUUCAAUAUUAUGUCGUUGGACAGCGUCAACAAUUAUUACAGCAAAUACUCAGCUAAUCGGAAAGUAGGUUCUUUCCACUAUGUCCACAAAACUCCCUUUGGAAACUACUCCUUUGUCUGUGUUGAUGCCACCCUGACUCCAGGACCCAAGAGGCCGUAUAACUUCUUUGGUAUCCUCAACCAAACUCAGAUGGACCUGCUGGACACGUUCAGGGCAGAGAGUCUAAAGAGCAACCAGUCGAUCUGGUUUGGCCACUAUACAACCUCCACUGUCGUUUCCCCUUUUCCAGGCCUUCGGGACCUAAUGAGGUCUGCAGUUGCAUAUCUGUGUGGCCACCUGCACACGCUGGGUGGCCUGAUGCCCGUCCUUCACAGCCGCCAUCCCCAAGGCACCCUGGAGCUGGAGCUGGGUGACUGGAUGGACAACCGCAGGUACAGGGUUCUGGCCUUUGACCACGAUCUGCUGAGCUUCUCUGACCUGAAGUUUCAGCAGUGGCCCGCCGUGCUCAUCACCAACCCCAAGGACGCGCAGUACCAGCAGCCUGGAGUUGAGCCGUUGGGCCGGAUGCAGAAAUCAACCCACAUCAGGGUCUUGGCCUUCUCAGAGGCUCCAAUCACUGCAGUGCAUGUUAGCGUUGAUGGCGAGCCGUUGGGAAAAGGUCACUCCGCUGGAGGUCCUCUGUAUGUUCUGCGAUGGGAUUCAUCUCUCUACCUCACUGGACUGCACACAAUCAGAGUGAAAGUGGAGGACUCCGCAGGCAGGUCCACAGUCCGGGAGCAGCACUUCACUCUGGAGGACAAGCUGACUCCCAGCUUUGGGUUUGUGCAGUCCUUCAUCCUCCUGACAGACCACUACAUCCUGGGCCGCGUGGCCUUCAUUUUCACCACUCUGCUGAAUAUUGGCGUGCUGCUGGCCUUCCGCUUCCUGCGUGUUCCUGUUGGCAGAGGAUUGCCCUCUCAAGCAUGUAUGUCGCUUCAUCUUGUGAGUAAAGUGGACACCUUCUACUACUCUCUGCUGCUGUUCAACCUGUGCACAGCCUUAGGCCCGUGGUUUAUAGGAGAACUGAUAGACGGCCAUAGUGGAGCCUGCUUUGCCUUUGGGGUGUUCAUCGACGGACACUUCCUGGAAGGCAGCCUCACUUACGUUGUUGGAGUGCUCCAACUGCUGUUCUUCAACAUGCCCCUAACCUCUUACCUCUGCUGGAGCCUCCACCACCGUUGCCGCGGCAACACCUUCCGAUCCCACUUCCUGCGGCCGGGCUGCCGCUGGCGAACUCUGGCGGUCCACGUCUUGAUGCUGCUGCUGCUCACUUGGCAGGUCCACUCCUGCUACUUUCUGCUGGAGACCUACGGCCCCAUGGCCUUCAUCCUGUCUCCUGUCCGCACGUGGGCGUUGGGGCUCGGUCUGCUUUUGGUCUACCGCGCCUGGACAGGCCCCGUGCCUCUCAUUCGCGACAACAGCAAGAGCGUGUCUCCCUCUUGACAGUAAUUGCACUGUGCUACCACCAAGUUCCCUGGAGCGUGACUCAGAUAUGUCUUUAUCUCCUCCAUGGCAUUCCCUUCGUUUGGUUCCCUUUUUUCUUCCGACGCCACUUCACAGUACAUCACCCACUCACUCCUGUUUAUAGGUAGUAUUGUUUACUAUAUGCAUGUUAUUGUGAAGCACCUGUGAAAACAUUUCGGGCCAUAUUCAUACUAAUGUGUACAGUGUAAAGAAACAUCCUCAUUACAUAAUGGGUUAAAAAGCCUCUUUUGAGCUCAGUGUCCACUAGUCUGAGGCAAAGUAUGUUGCAGUUGACAGUAUACGGUGUAUUCUGCUUUGGUUUAAGGUGACCCAUUUAUUUAAGCUUUAGCACUUUUUUUUUGGUGAGGCGAGGCCACUUCACCACUGCCAAAGGAUGAGCAAGAAAGAUACCACUUGUAUUCCUCCCAUGAUAACUAUUUUGGCGUAACGUGCCAAACCAACGUGAAGACGCUUCAUUUUGUAUAGAGCGAGCUUUUCCUAUUUCCCAGUGGCUGACAGGGCAAUAGGUAAUGCAACGCUUCUAAAGGAGGGAAAUGACAAAUCAGGUUAAGAAGUCAGUUUUUACCAUUGUGCACAACUGCCAUUAAAAGUUGACCAAUAUUUGCUUUGGAAUACUCAUAUCGAACACUUCAAGCCCGCUUCCGCCACGACACGGAGCACUGUCCUCACGCUCUUUCGGACGUGACUACAGAAAGCAGCUGUUCUCAGGAAUGUGAGCACUUGAACAAUAGGCUGGUCCCAGAAGUAGUCCAGGACAAGGACUUUGUGCACCACAGUAGCUCAGUGAAGUAAAACAAUCCAGAGGUGUGACGCUAAGAACUAAAUGAAUGUGUUUUAGAUGACGACGAGCCAGUAGUUUGGUGAUUUUAUUUAUUUAUUCUGAUUGUAUCGUGUAACUACUUAUUUCUUUCCUCGUGUGUUCUGUACUGGAAAAGGGCAUUUUUACCUGCCUCAUGGUGACUGUGGUCAGAAACGUGUCCUGCGCUGGAGGUUACGUUCAUGUGUGUCAAACUCGUGUGUCUGUGUUGUUCAGAAUGUUAAAUCCUAUUAUGUCAAGUCUGUUUCUGUCUAGUCGAAUCGUUUCUAGUCGGUAGCAGCAGGUGCCUGGAUGAAAACCACAUUUAUCAAAUCUUUUAAUAGAAGCAAUGGUACAGCAGAAUUUAAGUCUGGUACUUCUUUUUUUUUCCAAGCCCUUUUUAAUGUGAGUGCAGAAUCAUUGCACACUGUGACAAGACGUUGGGUUUACUAUUAAAACACCUUAAAAACUAUUAAGUUACAUGCACUUUGCUGGUAACGAUUUAUUACCUUUGCUUCCUCUCUGUAUAGACGUUUUUCCAUUGUACAGGGGUGUCGAUCUAGCACUGACCUAAUGUAUGGCCUCCUCUCCGCUCUCUAACCAUGAUCUGUCCCUCCCACAAGCUGUCCUGUCUCCACGAGGAGGCAGUGAUGGAUGAAUUUGACGUGUGACUGAGCAUCACUUCCCAACUCACCUUUCUUCGCCUACAAACUGUGAAUAAGAGUUUUUUUUAACUUUUGUUUCAUACAAAUCACUAAAAUCAUCCUAGAUCAUUUCCUGACGCAUCUCGUCGUGACUGUUGUGCCCUGCUCACCAUUUUGCCUGUUAACCAGAAAAACAGGCAACACCUCUACUGCCACCGUGUCUGAAGGAAAACACUGAUACACCGCUGUUCACCUUCUCUGCAUCCUCACCUAUGUUCACUGAAAUAUAUGAAUGAAGAUGAUGAUUUUACACCUGGCAUAUUUUUCUCAUUACAACUAAACUUGGAAGCAACCACAAUUUUAUUUUGUUAAUGGUUUUUAGUGCUGUGGAAUAAAAGUGUUCAUUAUAGUAAA